UGCUGCUGUAAGGUAUUAUUCCUUUAUUGGAGACUGUACAGUGUAUAAUUAUAAUUAAAAUAAUCCAUAUUUGAAAAGAAGAAGGAGAAGCUUAUGGAAAAUAAUAGAAUAUAUGUACUUUACUUAAAUCCGGGCGCCGAUAUCCAUAUACGCCGGCCGGCGUUUAUGGCGGCCCAAUUUUCCGGUAUGAUUCCAGAAGACGUAGAGUGGGAAAGCCAACGCUUAUAGAAGAAUCGCUCGACGUUGCGCCAUAGGGCUUCCCAAUUUGGCUAUUUUCCUGAUUGAGCUAAUUUAACCUCUCGCCUUUAGCGACCACGCGUGGCGCUAAUACUGGCAACGCUAGUGCUCCGUCCACUACCGCGCGAUGACAAUUACCAAUCACCAAUUACUAACUUCAUUCUACGGCGAUUUAACACCGGAGCGGAAUCUUGUUGCAACACUGACAAAGAAAUGCGGACUUAAACUCCGGCCAGUUCGACAUUAGAGAGUAGCUAUAGUAGAAAUAAAUAGUAUAAAUAAUAAUGCCAGUGCCGUUGAAUAUUACAAUGGAAUCUAUCUAAAGACCAUCUAGAAUCACGUCCCUACACAAUGUCUACACCAAACAAGACGCUCAUCUUCAAACAAGUGCCUAAUGGCAUGCCCAUCGCGGGCCAAGAUCUCGUUGUUGAGAACCGCCCUAUCUCGCUAGAUACCGCGCCUAAAGAUGGUAUUCUAAUUGCCAUUUUGCGCUCCUCAUACGAUCCGUAUCUGCGCGGGCGUAUGCGAGCGCAGACGACGCAGUCUUACACAGGGGCCUUUGAUAUUGACAGCCCCGUGGUCAACUAUGGCAUCGCCAAGGUGCUCAAAAGCAACAGCCCUGACUUUGUCGAGGGCGAGCUGGUCAAGGGCAUCUUCCCCAUUGCCCAAUAUGCUGAGGUAUCGAAGCCCGGGAUUCAGACCGUGACCAAGAUUCACAAUCCACUCAACCUCGAUGAGGGCAUUUUUCUUGGUCCCCUGGGUAUGCCAGGCCUGAGCGCGUGGUCGAGUUUAUACAAGAUUGGCCAACCCAAGAAGGGCGAGACCAUCUUCAUCAGCUCGGCCGCUGGCGCUGUGGGCCAGGUCGUCGCGCAGAUUGCCAAGCACGAAGGCCUUACGGUCAUUGGCUCCGUUGGCAGCCAAGAGAAGCUUGACUUUAUUCUCAAUGACAUUGGCUUCGAUGGCGGCUUCAACUACAAAGAAGAAACGGCCGAAGAUGCUCUCAAGCGCUUAGCCCCAGAGGGCAUUGAUAUCUACUACGACAAUGUUGGUGGUGAACAACUCGAUGCCGCCCUCAACGCUUUGAAAGUCAAAGGCCGCAUUGUUGGUUGUGGCAUGAUUGGCGAGUACAACAAGGCUCCUGAAGAGCGCUAUCGCAUUAAGAACUUGGGCAACAUUAUCGCGAAGCAACUAAACUACCGUGGUUUUGUCGUCAGCGACCCUGAAUACGGGCCCGCCUACGCUAAGGAGCACUAUGAGGCAAUCGCUGAGUGGAUUUCAAACGGCUCCUUUACACCCAAGCUGCAUUACACUGAGGGUAUUGACCACGCUGCGCAGGGCUUUGUCGACAUGCUUGUGGGCAACAAUUUUGGCAAGGCAGUCCUAAGAAUAUGA